CGGCGUCCAUGGCGGGACAACUGAAGAAGCAGUUAAAGGAAGCAGUGAAGAUCAUCAGCUCCGGUGGUCUCCUGUUUGCCUCCUACCUCACUGUGGUUGGAGAUGAGCAUUUCUAUGCCAAACAGCUCAUGCCGUUGUUACAGAGGAUUAUUGGGGCAGAGACGGCCCACGUGAUGGCAGUUAAGAUCAUAGGUCUUGGAAUUGUACCUCGAAAUCGCUACCAAGACCCAGCCUCUUUGGAAGUGAACAUCAUGGGUCGCAAGUUCAAAAACCCUAUUGGGAUUGCAGCAGGCUUUGACAAGCAUGGAGAAGCUGUAGAUGGACUCUAUAAAGUGGGUUUUGGCUUUGUUGAGGUAGGGACCAUCACGCCCAAACCACAGCAGGGGAAUCCCAAACCACGUGUGUUUCGGCUCACUACAGAUCAAGCGGUCAUUAAUAGGUAUGGAUUCAACAGCUGUGGUCUGGCAGAAGUGCAGCAAAGGCUGAAGGCAAGGGAAGCAACCCAGCAAGAACUGAGCAAAGCUGGCCUGCCCCUGGGCAUCAACCUGGGGAAGAACAAGUUGUCCCAGGAUGCGGGGGCAGAUUACCUGGAGGGCGUGAGACUGCUGGGGCCUCUGGCUGAUUAUCUGGUGGUCAACGUCAGCAGCCCUAAUACCCCAGGCCUGAGGGACCUACAGGGAAAGACAGAGCUCCGACAGCUCCUGCUCAGGGUGCUGAGGGAGAGAGACGCUCUGCAGGGAGAGCGCAGACCUCCGGUCCUGGUGAAGAUCGCUCCUGACCUCACAGCGCAGGACAAACAAGACAUCGCAGAGGUCGUCACAGAGCUGGGGGUGGACGGUCUGAUGGUUUCCAACACCACGGUGUCUCGGCCGAUGACCCUGCAGGAUGUGCAGAGCUCUGAGGCGGGGGGCCUAAGCGGCCAACCCCUCAAAGACCUCUCCACGCACACCGUCAGAGAGAUGUACAGCCUCACUGAAGGAAAAAUACCAAUUGUGGGAAUUGGAGGCGUGGCCAGUGGACAAGACGCCAUGGACAAGAUCCGCGCUGGUGCUUCACUGGUCCAGCUGUACACGGCUCUGACCUACCAGGGCCCACCUGUUGUAACAAAGAUUAAGCGGGAACUAGAACAGCUUCUCAAGGAUCAGGGCUUCAGUAGCAUUUCGGAGGCAGUCGGAGCAGACCAUAGGGGAGCAGAUGGGACUGUUCCUAGGCAGUGUCUACACAGAGACAGAGCAAAUGUCAGCACAGACACUGGGACCACUGCUGUGCCAGUAGCUGUGGCUGCCGUCUCCUCCUCCUAGGCUGCGGGACCCACGAUCGACUGUGCCAUUUUCUGUGUGGCCAGGGAUAACCAACGCACCAUGUCUGCUGUGACUUAUAAGGCAGGAGACGCUGUGGUAAAGUUUGGUUCAGUCCAGAGUUUUAGAAGUCAAGGGGAGAAUGCAGACGUCUAUAAAGCUGUUCACUGACAUUGUAAUGUUAGUCUGUACACCUGGAAUGUAUAUUUUAAUGUGAAGAAAUCCCACAGUUGGAAAGCUGCCCUAUGGUUGUAGCUUUUAUUUAUUAAUUGUGUUGUUGAUCUGCCUGUCAUAUGUACAAUGUCAAAGAAGUCACAGCAUUUCACACCACAAGUGCUUAUGAUAUCUAAACAUGGGCCAUAGGCCCGUGUUCAUAUAUUUUAUGGACAAAUAUCUUGUGCGUAUGCCAUAUCCGCCAUAUUUCACAUGGCUGACAUGUAAAAUUGUGCAUUCACUGUUAAAAAAAAUUCAUUAUGGUCGUCACAAAAUGUGUAAUUUCAGCCCUCUAAGAAUCAAUUCUGUGUUGUUUAUCUUUACUCAUUUGAUUAACAGGUAUAACAGAGAGUAAAAGUCACCUCAAAAUUAUUGUUUGUCCUCGACAACGGUGGGAGUUGUCCUGUAUGGGUUGUGUAAGAGAUUUGUCAUUUAGAGAAAUAAAUCACCAUCAUGUGAAUC